UAUUACAUGUGCAAGAAGGAGGAAACUAAUUUCAUUGCCUAUUCACAAUAUUCAUCUGCAGAAGCAAAGAGGAAGAAGAAAAGAUAUUGAGAAGAACUCUAAGUUAUCAUCAGCUGAAAGAAUGGAGGGAGAAGCUGUGGCCGCUGUCCUUCAAGUUCUUGUUCAAAACCUCAUCGACCAUUCCAAGAAAGAGUUCUCACUUGUCCGAGGCCUCAAAAAAGAAGCAAAAAAGUUAAGUGAGAGCCUGGACAUGAUCCAGAAAUUCUUGAACGAUGCAGAGAAGCGUAUUAUUCCCGGUGAGGCUGUCAAAAGCUGGCUCAAGAAGCUUGAAAACGUGGCCUUCGAUGCUGACAAUGUUUUGGAUGAGUUCAACUAUCAUCUCCUUUGCAAACAAAUCAAGCCCAUCAUGCCCAACGAACCCAUCAAACCCAUGAAACAAAAGGUACUCUCGUGCUUCUCACCAUGCGUUAAAUAUUCACGCUCCCGAAAUAUGGCUCUUAGAAUCCAAGAAAUCAAUGAGAAUUUGAAGGUCAUUAACAAAGAGGCUGCGGAUCUUGGCCUCAGAGAGAUGCUUGCCACCAAUGUGCCCACUUUGCCUGAUGUGUCUCGUGAAACUGACUGUUUCACUCUUGAUCCAAUUUUUAUUGGAAGAGAUGAGGAGGUGUCGAAAGUAGUUGGGAUUCUUACGACUAGUAUCACAACUGAUGAACGUGUUUCUAUUCAUACUAUUGUGGGAAUGGGAGGAUUGGGGAAGACAACUUUGACUAGGAAAGUCUUUCAUCUUCUAAAAGAAAAGAAUCUGUUUGGAUCAUAUCUUUGGGUGCAUGUUUCUCAAAUUUUUGAUCCAAUGGCUCUUCUAAAGAAAAUCCUCAAAGAGGUGGCUCCUCAUAAAAUUGAAGCCGAGAUGAGUAAGCAAGAUACUAUGAAAAAGUUGGAAGAAAGUUUGAAAGAAAAAACUUAUCUUCUUAUUCUUGAUGAUGUUUGGAAUCAAGAUCGUCCCGCAUGGAAUGAUUUUAUCCAGUCCGUGUUGGGCGUUAGUUCUAUUAAGGGAAAUGUUAUUGUUGUUACCACUAGAAUUAAGGAGGUCGCUUCAACUGUGAGUCCAAAUUGUCCACACGAGUUGAAAGAGUUAUCUGAGGAAGACUGUUUGUCAAUUAUCAAAGAGAAAAGCUUUGGAAAAAAGGAUUUUCCUUUGGAAUUUGAGGCCAUUGGGAGAAAAAUUGCAAGAAGAUGUAAUGGUUUGCCGUUAGCCGCUAACGUAGUUGGUGGAGUAUUGCGCAAUAAAUCUAGAGAAAAAUGGAUCUCAAUCGAAGAGAAAUGGCUUGCACACAAUGAAGGAGCUCAUAUCACAAAUAUAUUGAGGUUGAGCUAUGAUGAAUUGUCUGUACCAUCACUCAAGAAGUGUUUUGCAUACUGUUCUGUUUUUCCUAAAGGUCACGGAUUUGGAAAGCAAGAAUUGAUUGAGUAUUGGAUGGCAGAAGGAUUUCUUGAAGCUGAUGGAAAUAAUGACUUUGAAUUUGUGGGAGAAAACUUUAUCAAUAUUCUUCUAGACAACUCUCUACUGCAAAUUACAAGAAGAUAUUAUGGCGGGGUGAAAUGUGUGAUGCACGAUCUUGUGCAUGAUCUUGCAUAUUCUAUUUUAGGUGGUUCACAAGAUGCAUCUGACAUCGUCCCAGUUCGAUACAUGUCCCUUGAAGACAAGUCAAAGGGUGUUUUGGAAAAAAAUGCAAAAUAUUUGCGAACAUUAUUGGUCAUGGAUAACCUUUGUGGUAACAUGUUCUCAGAGUUCAAAAGUCUUCAUGUUUUAACUUUUGGAAGUAGUAGAGUCAUUGAGUUGCCAAGUUCAAUCAUGAAGUUGAUACAUUUGAGAGUUCUUAAUAUUAACGAAACAAGAAUUGCAUGUCUUCCGGAUUGGAUUGGUAAACUGGUUCACUUGCAAACAUUGAGAGCAGAGGUAGAUUUUAUACAAGGGCACCUUCAAUUUCCGAGCACUUUGAGGUACUUGAUUAACUUAAGGCAUAUCUAUGUUAUAGAUUUGCCUGCCGAGAUAGGGCUAUUAACUUCUCUUCGAACCCUAGAGCAUUUUAAGGUGGGCGACAAGAGUGGCUACAAAAUCGAAGAACUCGGAAAUUUGAACAAUCUCAACGGAAAAUUGGAAAUUUCUAGGCUGGAAAACGUUGGUAACAAGGAAGAGGCUGAGAAAGCAAAUCUACAUAAAAAGUCAAAGUUAUUGGAGUUGCACUUGAAGUGGAAUCAUCAAUAUGGAUAUCGAAGUGCAAGUGGAAGUGAAAGUGAAAAGGAAAGGGAAAGGGAAAGUAGAAACGAUGAGAAUGUGUUGGAAGGCCUUAAACCUCACUCAAAUCUGAAGAAGUUAAGGAUUGAAGGAUUCAAGGGAAAAAGAUUUCCAUCAUGGAGUCCAGAUGAUAUGGCCGUUGAAAAUGUGCCUCGAGGCUCUUGGGUACAACUUCACAAUGUGACUGAGAUAAGUCUCAUAAAGUGCACAGAAUGUGAAGAAAUCCCAAUGUUAGGGCAGUUGCCAAAUCUCAAGUCUCUGUGGUUAGAAGGAUUCACAAAUUUGAAGUCCAUAAAUUCUUCUUCCCAUAAAUCCCACUGUAUUGUUUUUCCAGCUCUUGAAGAGCUCAUAUUGUAUAACAUGCCUAGGCUGACAGAGUGGGUACACACAGAAUCAGUUAAGAUAUUUCCUCAACUCCAACGCUUGAAGAUCGAAAUUUGCGAUCAAUUGACAAAUUUUCCAGCUCUUUCCUCGCCGCCUCUAAAAAAUUUGACUAUUAGACACAUUGGGAGCUACAGGGCUUUAGAAAACAUAUUUAAGACCAAGUUGACGUUGCUAACACACCUUUGUGUAAGAAGCAUAGGUGAUCUGGAAUGCCUCCCAAAUUGGUUAUUCGACAGCAAUCCAAAUCUAUUGGAAUUGGAGAUAGUGAAUUGCCCCAAAUUGAGGAGACUCCCAAACGGUCUAAGCACCAUCAAUUCUUUGGAGAAGUUGACUAUAAAAUGGUGUCCAAAUUUGGAACAUAUGGGCGUACAACAAUCACAAGGAAGCCUCACAUGUCUUAAAAGGUUGGAGAUUGAGGACUGCAAUGCUUUGGUGUAUCUGCCAUGUGAACUGCUAGUAUCCUCGCUUGAGAGACUGAGCUUGAAGAAUUUAAGUAGCCUACAUAAUGUACCUGAGAUAAUUGACUGUCGGCCGAAGUUGGCCCGUGAAACAAGUUUGAGAUUGCUUGGUGUUCAUACAUUUUCGGUUGAUAAUUGCAGUGGUAGUUGUAGCCUGGUAUUAGAUUUUGGUGUGUUGGGAUCAAUGGAGACUAUUGAUGGCAUAUUGCAAGGAUGCAACUUUCCCCCAGUUAGGUUUAUAUAUUUGAAUGGUGAAGGUUGGGAAAGUCUGCCGAAAUCAAUUCAAUCUCUCACUGCUCUGAAAAAAUUAUAUUUGCAGAAUUUUGGAAUGGAAGAGUUACCUGAUUGGUUGGGAAACUUGUCAUCCCUAGAAUGGUUGGACAUAAGUAAUUGGAGCAAGUUAAGGAGUCUACCCAUAGAUGUGAUACAUAGCAACGCUAAGCUAAGUUGGCUUAGUAUUUCACACUGCCCACAAGUAUGUUUUGACAUUUCCCAAUGGCCCUACAUUUCCCAUGUCGCCAUCAUCGACAUUGAUGGAAAACGAGUGGUGAAAGAAGAAGAUGAUGAAGUGCGCAGGGAGAAAUUGUGGAGAAAUUUCUUGAAGCGAAAACAAAGCCAAAAUUCGUGUGCUGAAGUAGAAGAAAUCGAAGAUGAAACUGAAGAAGCUGAAGUAGAAGAAGCUGAAGAUGAAAUGGAAGAAGAAGCUGAAGCUAAAGAUGGAGACGCUGAAGUUGAAGAAGAAGCUGAAGCUAAAGAUGAAGAAAGUAAAAGGGGAAAGGAUUUGUGUUUGAGUUUGAGGUGCUUCCAAAGAGCGAGGAGGUGAAGAAGGAAUCAUUGUGCAUCAAACACUUCUUAUGAUUCAGACGGGUUUGGCUGAAGAAGGUGAAGAAUAUGCAUAUCAAGAAAAUUUGACGGUUGUACUCAUUUUUAUCCCUGAUGUUAUUGCAUGAGAGUUUGGAGAUUGAGGACUGCAAUGCUUUGCUGUAUCUGCCAUGUGAAAUGGUAGGAUCCUCGCUCGAGUCACUGGUGUUGGAGAAUUUAAGUAGCCUACAGAAUGCACCUGGUAUAAUUGAUUGUCUGCCGAAAUUGGCCCGCCAAACACGUUUGAGAUUUUAUGGUAUUCAUCAAUUAUUGGGCGUUUA